AAACAUACAUACAUACAUACAUCCAUACAUACAAACAUACAUACAAACAUACAUACAUACAUACAUACAUACAUACAUACAUACAUACAUACAUACAUACAUACAUACAUACAUCAUUUCGUCUUCCAAAACGAUUCCAGGACUCCAGGACUUUCUACUGUAUUGUAUCCAAUGGAUGCAACACCGGGAAAGAAAGAAAAGUUCUCUAGCAACAGCAACAAUUUCUUCUUCUUCUUCUUCUUCGUCUUCUUCUACAAUUGCCCGAGAUUUUAAGGACAGGACGUGUAAAUAACAAAUAUGACAUGAUACUCUUUGAUUACAGUCGGAAUCAAAGCAGCGUGUACCUGGUAUACAAUACUGAAGAAGAAAAAAAAAUAUCAGCAUUCAUAGAAAAAUUUACAAUAGCAACAGCAACAACAAGAAAAGGAAAGAAGACAAUGUUUCAACAAAUCGAAGCAUUCACGAAUAUAAUAAAACAUAUAAUACGUCUAUAUAAAGAUACAAUAAAAUCAACGCAGCCGAAUUGUUCGAUCGACAAUACUUUACAGAAAAAUAUUGCAUCCUCUCUGAUAUUCUUCUUCGCAUUUCUCCUUCUCAGAUAUAUUUAUACGAUUUACACAUCUAAACUGAGAGGAAAACCAAAACAGAAUUUGCUAGAUCAAAGCUACAGCUCAUAGAGAUUGUCAUGGCUUAGAAUCUUAAAUAAUAACAGAUGCCUUGGUGGACGUAACCCUGGGUAUACAAGAAAAAAAAGCAUAAGGACGGUUGGAAAGUCUUUUGGUUAUAACCCAACUUAGUGCUGUCCUGAGUCGUAACAACAAGAACAUCUUCAACUGCACCAUCUGCUCAGUUACCAACACAAUAGGUGAUCACCAGCUAUUUUAUCAUUAGUUCUUUUAACAUCCACAUAUGAACAGAAAAGAGUGUUGCCUCUUUGAAUUACAUAUAUGGCUGAUGUUUUUGUUAGUGUUUUAAACUUUUUCUUGUAUGCCACUGACUCAACAGCGACACAAAUUUGCAUGACAACAUGUUAAUUACAUGUUCUUAUGUAAGUUUGUGUGUCGAUCUAACAGGGCUACAUAUUGAGCUGAAAUUUCAUCGUGGCCUGGUCUAUGAGUUGUCUGGUGGUUCUUCGGUGAUAAAAACACAAUUUGAAUAAAAUCCUGUAACACA